CAGCAGACGAUCUUCAACACCCGGCCGGAUCUAUCGCGUGUAUAUAUUACUGUGUACACACGACAUUCAGAACUGAACUGUGUAACCUAUUGAUUGUGAACAAGAUAAAUUGAACUUAUAAACAAGUGCUUAGUGUUGUAAUUUAAACGCCGGUAAAGAAAUUAUGAGAUAUAUUAUCUGAGCCGAAAAAUUAUCUCAGAACAAAAUGAAGCGUCUUCAGAAAUGCUGCUGCUGUGCUUCUACUCGGACCGGGUCCCUGAUCACUGCUAUCCUCGGCAUCAUACUUUCGAUAGCCACAAUCAUAUUGAUAUGGACGGUCAAGAAACACACAGUCUCAUUCAGCACAUUUAUCUUUGACAAGGAAUUCGACAAGAAGCUUUCAGACUUAGACAUUCCAAGGAUAAUUUUAACAAUAAAUUUAUGUUUCACUAUCUUGAUUUGCACACUUCUGAUCGUCGCUAUAAACAAGCGUCGGUCAUGGUUGAUGCUGCCGUGGGUAGUGCUGGGUAUCGUUUUGGCAAUCGGCUUGCUGAUCAGUAUCCUUCACACAUCUAUUACCUAUUACCUCGAUGAACACGAUCACGUCAUAGAAGCCACCGUCAUACUUGUAGGAGGAAUCCUAUAUUUAUGCUUAUAUCUCUACCUUUGGGCAGUUGUAUUCAGCCAUUACUUGGACGUGCGUGACGAAGAAGAACGUGGCCGAUACCGCAAAGCUCCUUACAGAAGAUAAUUUUUAAGCAUUCAACGCCCCCGUAAGGGAUUUUCUCUUAUGCUAUGGGUCCCAAAAAAGUACACCUUUAAGCCAAGAACGAAUACAGCCAGACACUGGAAACCAUAUACAUAUAUUUUUAAUAAAAAUAAUUACCGUGAUGGUGGUACUAUUUCAUCAUGGGACCAAUUUAGCGUCUAUUAAAAUCACCAUAGGAAAUAACGAAAACUCAAUCUAAUCUUUUCAAAAUAUAUUUUAAUGAAAAAAUAGCAACGCUUCUUUAGUUUGCAGCAGAAUAUUUUGCAUUAUUAUCUAAAUGUUAUUUUUAAUCUUUUACGUUAGCGGCCAAUUGUAAGAGCCAUAUUAUUUUAUUUAUAUUUCCAAGUUUCGCAAUUCGUUGUUACUCUAUCACAGAGCAAACUGAACGGAUUUUCGUUAAGACUUGAAGUGCGCCGGGUAUGCUACAAUGAAAAAUAAUGUGCUUUCUGAUUCGUGGUUUUCUAUACCAAUUGAUCUACAAAUCGACUGGUAAUGUAUGAAUCACAGGCAAGCAACUGUUAUAUUUUGGAAAAAUGCGACAUGUUUCAUCAAAUAUAAAGCGGGUGAAACCGCAGAGUACACAAAUACAUCUAGUAAAGAUUUAAACCUUUGACAGAAGUUGACAAAUUAAAAGAAUUAUUGUAAUUUCGCACUGAAGUAUGAAAGGUCUAUGUAAUUUUGACAUUAGUAUUUAUUUUUUAAGUAGCAUGUAUGUUUUGACUUGUGUGUAAAUAGAUAAUUAUUUUGACUUAUUCGAUUGUGUAAUCGUAAGAAUCAAAAAUAAUUUAUAAAUUUUAUAUAAUUAACUUAUUUCGUAGGUACUACUUUGCCUUAAUAUUUAACAAUUUUGUUUAAUAAAAUAUUUUUAUGAAA